AUGCUACCCGUAGCUUUUGCAGUCGCUCUUUCUCUGGGCGUAGCGCACCCAGCCGUGGCGUAUCAGCCGCGAUAUUCAUUUGCAAACUCGACAAACAAUGGAACCGAGACCCAAGUUGAACCAAAGGUACAGCUGACUACUGUUACAAAAAUUGUUACCCAAACGUCUGGUCCCGGAUGUCCGGCCAACUACGUUGUGCACCCAAAGCCGACGCCAACUCCAUCACCAACGGUUACCUUUGUCAACACGGCGCCUUCAGCAACGCUCUCCCCGAACGUGCAUUGGUCCUACAACACAAAGUCGGUAGAGAAUAUCAUACCAGUGGACCCAAAGAAGGGGAGCGAGCUUUACUAUGGUGUUUCAGAUCCGUCCAAGUCUGGCCACUAUGCUUUCCUUACAUACUACUUCAAGUUUCCUUCAGUCAAUAUUGACCACACUGAUCAUGUUACGGUCAAGUAUCAUGCGGACAAAGGAAUGACUGCUUCUUUCCACAACGAAGAGGCUUUCAAGCAUGCGCUGGACACCUGGACGAUUCAGCAUGGUCUCAUCUUGAUCGCUUACACUGGGGGUUGCGGCGACUACUCCAAGGGGGAGCGAUGCUACUUCAACGUGACCGAUAUCGAAUACAAGCACGACAAGAGAGUCAUUAUCGCAAAGGGAGGAUCUAAGCAUCCUGACCAAGUUACCAACUCGGGCGAAACAGAAUGGGGUUGGUGGGAUGCUCACAAAGCUGGCGCUUCUGCAUCUGGCACAGCAUCAGGCGAUUCCUUCUCAUGGGGAUCUUCUACCACAUCUACCACUUCUCCAUCCGCGACUACAUCGUCCCCCAGCUCGGACAAGACUGCGGGACAACUUGACUGCACAGCGCCGGUCGACAGUGUCCACGGCUUGCCCACCGCAUGCUUCGGGAGCAGCUUUGACCAGAUUCUUGAUGAGACGCUGGGUUACACGGAGCUCAGCCCAGAGUCAAAGAAGUUCUUGGACACCAUUGUAUCCGGCACGAACAUUACUGGCCAGAGAAACUCGACUCUUUCUAGUCGGGCUCAACGAAUGCGACGUCGGUCGCUUGCCCAACGAGGAUUCUUUUCCAAGAUUGGAAACUGGUUCAAAAAGGCCGCCAAAACAGUCUACAAUGCCAUUGCAAGCGCAAUCUCCAUUGGUGGCAGCAUUGAAAAGGACAUUUCAUUCAAGGUUCCUGAUCCCGACUCGUCCAACGUUUGGGCGAAGACUCUGCUCGGUGGCUUGACCCAAACCCAGUCACCAUGGGGUGAUGCCAUUCUUCUCACGUCACUUGGAAACCCCAAUGCCCCUGGCAGCGACGGUGUCGUCAAAUACAUGAACAUUUAUUGUGUUGGAUGCGGCGCCUCUGGUCGCGCAAGAGUUGCUGGUCGAGCACGAUGGUCGCCGCUUGCUGGUCUUGAAGAAGGUCGACUGGAGUUGCAAACCGAUAUGCAGUUUGUUUUGAAGCUUGGCAUCGAUGCUCAAAUCUCACUCCGUCAUGACUUUUACACAGAUCUCUUCAACUAUGGACUUCCGGCUCUUUCAUACGGAGUCAUCACCAUUGGUCCCUAUGUUUCUGUUGGUGCCCGGGUUGGUCUUGAGGCAGCUGCUCGAGGCAAGGUCCUGGUGGGAGCUGAGAUGGGAGUGCAAGACUCCUUGGUUGUCUUGGACAUUGUUGACCCGAGCCAGAACAAGAAGACUGGUUGGCAGCCGUACUUCAAGCCAGUCUUCGAAGCUACUGGUGAAGUUGCUCUCUCUGCAGAGCUAGGUCUGCCAGUUGGGCUCAAGUGUGGGUUGAAGAUUUCAACAUGGGAAAAGGCUGUCGGUAUUGUCGACGAGCCUUCAGUCAAGGGCGUGGCUCAGGUUGCUGGAAGCAUUGGCUUGACCAAGUCUGGCCAAUUUACUGCCGGAUUCAGUGACAACGAUGGUUGCGCAGGCAUUCUAACGAAAAUUAGCUGGCGCAAUAGGCUCUGGGUUGGACUCAUUGGACCAAGUGAUGCUCCCGUGUUGGACACUAGUGAUCGAACAUUGCUUCGUAAAUGUAUUGGCAAGGACACUAAGCCGGCAAGACGUGACACUAUCGAUGCUGUUCGUUCCAUGAGAGUGGCACGGAAUGUGCCAGAGGGCCAUGCCAUGGACACAACAGCACAACUUGGCACGCGGUCAAGCUCCUUGACAUACAAGAUGCAGGCCGUCCCUACAGAGUUGUACAACAAUACGUUGAAUCACAGGCUGUCGCAACUCGUGAAUCCCACUGGCUCAACCAGGGUUGUCUCCUGCGCCAACGGCAACCUCUACGCCGUCCGCAACGACAACAACGACAGCAAGUACUGUUUUGGACUAUGGGACACUACGAAUGAAUCAGAGGUUGUCUAUGACGGCGUACACAGAUCACUCCACUACUACGGUGACACCAUGUCCAAGCUCGGUGUCUCACGUCUUCGAGCAAGUGACUCUGGUGAAGUGCCACGAACUUCUGUCACUCUGGCCCUGCUCCCUCAUCGAGACCAGGGUGGCGAUGCCUUCUACAUUGCCGUAGAUCAGGCAGAGCAAGUCUUUUACCCGGUGGUCUGUGACUUUGUGGACCAGGGCCUAUCCAAAGUGUUUGUGGUGAACGACCCUGACAAGGGGAUCGAGAUCUUGCAGCGAAAGGACGUCAUGUACUCGAUAACCGGAGGCGAAGUGGCCAAAUGCCAGCUUUUGCCAUUGAAACCAUAG